CAGCCAGCAGCCAGCAGCCGGGGUAGCAUACACCCAUCCAACCACAGUGGCCAGUUACACAGUUCAUCAAGCACCAGUGGCAGCACACACUGUGGCAGCAGCUUACGCCCCUGCUGCAGCCACAGUUGCAGUAGCUAGGCCUGCGCCUGUUGCCGUGGCAGCUGCUGCCACUGCUGCCGCUUACGGAGGAUACCAGCCGACCCACGCGGCCACAGAUUAUGGCUACCCUCAACGGCAGCCUGAAGUCCCUCCACCACCCCCACCAGUCACCUCACAGAACUACCAGGUACCACAACAAUUUUCUGUAGACUCACAGAUUCCAGAACAUUCUUUGGAGUCUCUUUGAAUGAGGAAUAUGGGGAGAGAUGUGCUGCCUUCAUUAUAUUUGUGGGAGCUCACGUGCCAUAAAUG